UCGACAGCUUGGGAGUCACGCCAAAGAAGACAACUGUGGGAUCUGCUCAGGUGAUGGUUCCACCUGCCGACUGGUGAGAGGGCAAACCAAGACUCACCUUUCCUCAGAAAAAAGGGAGGAAACCAUGAUUGCUGUUCCACACGGAAGUCGCAGUGCAAGAAUUACUAUAAAAGGACCAGCACAACUUGCUAUUGAAUCAAAGACACUGCAGGGAGAUACUGAAGAACACAGUUUCAAUGUCCCUGGAAUGUACAUCAUUGAAAACACAACGGUUGAAUUUCAGAAGGGCCCAGAGAGAGAAACGAUAAAAAUCCCAGGGCCUCUUGGCGCUGAUUUCAUUAUCAAGGCCAGAUAUACUGCUGCCAAAGAUAGCACAGUUCAGUUCUUCUUCUAUCAACCCAUAAGUCACCAGUGGAAGCAGACAGAAUUCUUCCCUUGCACAGUGACAUGUGGAGGAGGUUACCAGCUGAACUCUGCAGAAUGCAUGGACAUCCGUUCCAAGCGGGUGGUGCCAGACCAGUAUUGCCAUUAUUAUCCUGAAAACAAGAAACCCAAACCAAAGCUGAAGGAAUGCAACAUGGAUCCCUGCCCUUCAAGUGAUGGAUUUAAGGAAAUCAUGCCCUAUGAUCAUUUCCAGCCACUUCCCCGCUGGGAGCACAAUCCUUGGACCACUUGCUCAGUUUCAUGUGGAGGAGGAAUUCAGAGAAGAAGCUUUGUCUGCGUGGAAGAGACCAUGCAUGGAGAGAUACUGCAAGUAGACGAGUGGAAAUGUAUGUAUGCUCCUAAGCCCAGGGUCAUGCAAGCUUGCAACCUGUAUGAUUGUCCUAAAUGGAUAGCUCUGGAGUGGUCACAGUGCACUGUGACCUGUGGCCGAGGGUUACGCUACCGAGUGGUUCUGUGUAUUGAUCAUCGUGGACAACAUACCGGCGGUUGCAAUCCUCAACUAAAACUCCACAUAAAAGAAGAGUGUCUCGUGCCAGUCCCUUGUUAUAAACCCAAAGAGAAAAGCCCGGUUGAAGCCAGAAUGCCUUGGUUCAAGCAAGCCCAUGAAAUGGAAGAGAUCAGGACCGUGUCUGAAGAACCCACGUUUAUCCCCGAGCCUUGGUCCCCUUGCAGUGCCUCUUGUGGUCACGGUUCUCAGAUGCGCGAUGUCAAGUGCCGCAUUUAUCUUGCGUUUACUCAGGCUGAGGUGGAGCUGCCUGAUGAGGAGUGUGAAGGACCCAAACCACUGACCGAGCGGAGUUGCCACCUGGAAGCGUGCGAUGUGGAUCCGGUCCCGUACCCCUUACCUUUUGCACCCUCCGAAGAGGCUGGUAAUGUUUUUUAUGACUGGGAAUACAUCGGCUUCACUCCCUGCUCAGCUACGUGCCUUGGAGGGACUCAGGAAGCCAUUGCUGUCUGCUUGCAUGAAGAGACAAAACAAACUGUAAAUGAUAGCCUGUGUGACAGCUCGAAGAGACCUCCACCAAUGAGCCAUGUGUGCAAUACAAGGCUUUGUCCCCCAAGAUGGCAAGUAGGACCUUGGAGACAAUGUACUGCCACUUGUGGCGUUGGCAUCCAGACAAGGGAGGUGCACUGUCAGCAACCUGGAGGGUCUGUUGAUGGACUUGAAAGCUGCAAAGAACCAAAGCCUCAUUCUUUACAAGCAUGCAACCAGCUUGACUGCCCCCCACUUUGGCAUGUUGAAGAAUGGCAACAGUGCUCCGUAAGCUGUGGGGUUGGCACACAAAGAAGGAAAGCCACCUGCCAAAAGCGCACGGCCAGAGGCCAACAUCUGGCAUUAAAUGGAUCUCUGUGCAGAAGCUUUCCAGCAUCCCAGCUUGUCAGGCCUUGCCACAGGAAUGCCUGCAGAGAUCUCAAAGAAGAAAAGAAAUCCAGACUUUUUGACAAGCCACAGAUACUUGGUAUCCAUAAAGUCUAUAUUCAGACAAGGCAAGAGAAGCGCAUUAAUUUCACUGUUGGGAGCCGGGCUUAUUUACUUCCCAAAACAUCUGUCAUCAUCAGGUGUCCUGUUCGGAGAUUCCAAAAGAUGCUUAUCCAGUGGGAGAAAGAUGGGCAGCCACUCCAGAUUUCUAAACAUCUUGGUGUCACCAAAUCAGGGUCUCUCAAGAUCAAUAAUCUUGAAGCUUCAGAUAUUGGAGUGUAUAAGUGUCUUGCAGGAUCUGCCCAGGAGAUCUUUGUUCUAAAACUCAUUGGCACAAGCAACAGGCUCCUGGAACCUGCCACCAGUAGAAAAGAGGCAGGUGAGACCACAGACCACAAUGAAUCCAACAGCUUUGGAGCAAAAUGGCACCAAAUAAAUCAGAUGUGGCAGUUGUGGAGCCAGAAAAGUCAACAAUAUCUGCGCGAUGAACAAGUCAACGACCAGCCUGCCUUAGAACAUCUGAAAACGCAGAGAAGGAGUUCAGAAGAAGGACGCAACGCUCACAAAUUCACCACCCAGCAACUCAAUGCUGUGGCUUUACCCAACGCUUACAGUAUGGAUAUGGACCAUUUCGAUGGGCUGAUUAAAAAUUUGAGCCAUUUUAUUGAAGCUGGAGAAAUUAGCAAUGAUUUGGCUUCCCGCUUUGUCUACCAACUGAUUGCUGAAUUAGCGAAACCGCCUCAGUCUGCUCCUGAAAAGCAGAAAGAGCCUGAAAAUGAGAAGCUCCCUGCCGGGAAACUUGACAAAUCCCAAAGAGUGACAGAUAAUCUCAGCACAAAAACUGUAGGCGACCCAGUAGCGAGAAACUCAACAGAGGCUAUUAUUGUCAAGCCACAAGGAGGACCAGAAGUUUAUACAAAUGAAAAUGUAACUCUGCAACUGGAGGGUACCUUUUUUUUAACCAAGAAUGUCAGCACAAUAAAUUUGCUCUGUGCAACUGCUGGAGUUAGCAAUCUUAAAUAUACUUGGACCAAAGAUGGAAUGCCAUUGAAGCCUGUUGAGAAGGUGACUUUCAAAGCUGAUGGCAAAGUCCAGAUUUUGAACCCGACUGAGAAAGAAAUGGGGGUGUAUCGUUGCACAGCGGACAAUGAACUUUUUCAAGACAUGGCACUGUUUUACGCAGAAGCUCCCGCUAUACUGUCAUCUGAAAAAAAUAUUGCCAGUUUUCAGCUUCGGAAUCUGUCUGUCUCUGUUGGAGGUACAAUCCUAGCGAGAACGGGGACGAAUAUUCUGCUGGAAUGUCCAGUCAAAGGUAUUCCCCAACCUGAGGUCCUGUGGUUCAAAAACGAGAGCUCUUCAAGAAGUUCUGCUUUCCCCAUAGCUAACAGUUCCUUCUUGUUCCUGGGCAAUGUUUCGGGCAAAGAUACUGGCAUUUACAGUUGUAUGGCUACCAAUGCUGUGGGACAUGCUACAGCAGCCACUGUUCUUCAUUUGGCUGGACGAAGAAAACCCCACAAUGGAUCAUCUACUAACAGUAAAAGAAAACGUGUUUUCAUGGCAUCUGGAAUUGGUACCAACAUUACGGUGGCUGCGGGUGAUACAUUACGAAUAGGUUGUCCCGUCUAUCCUAGCGCAAAUAACACCAUUCGCUGGUUUGCUGGAAAUCAACCCAUAGAAGAGGCUUCAAGCUUCAGGCACAAGACCCUGGUCGGGGGACGCAUCCUUGAAUUCAUUGUUGCAUCUGACCAGUUUUCUGGACGAUACAAGUGCUGGGCUUCCUCACAUGUCAAGCCAUUGUCUGUCUGGGUAAAUGUCAAGAAGGAAGAAUAUCGAUGGAAGCUUGGUGAACAGAGUCCAUGCUCAACAACUUGUGGAAAUUUGGGAACUCGCUUCCGGAAAUUUCUAUGUGUGAAUAUGAAGGGUCAAAAUGUGAAUGCAUCACUAUGCAAGGACCAUCAAAAGCCAGUCGUAAACAACCUGCAGUCCUGCAAAAUUCAAGAUUGUCCUGCAAGGUGGGCAACAACAGCUUGGUCUGAAUGCUCUGCUUCCUGUGGCCAUGGAUUUCACCGCCGGCGAAUAAUUUGCAAGCAAGUCAAAGCCAACCGACAUAUCUUAACUUUGCCUCCGGGUGCUUGUGUAGACCAAGAGCGUCCUUUGGAAAUGAAACCUUGCACGGGACAUUUUUGUGCAGAAUGGAUUGUCCAUCCCUGGAGCCAAUGCACCGGACAUUGCAUCAAUCUCGGAGUGGGCUUACAACACCGUCGCAUUCAGUGCCAGCAUCAGAAUGGAUCAACAGUCCUGAAUUCACACUGUGAUAGUGAGAAAAGGCCGCCCAUUCGAAGAAACUGUUCUUCAGAAAAUUGCGAUGUGCAUUGGCGAAUGGGUCCCUGGCGUCCAUGCCCCGUAGACUGCGGAAGUGGCUUCCAGUCACGGCAGGUCAGCUGCGUACACAGGAAAAAGAAGAGAUUGGUGGCCGAUCAGUUCUGUGCGUGGAAGAAGAGACCCACGACCUGGAAGCACUGCCAUGUCACUUCUUGUGGCAAAGGCGACUGCAAGGACACCACUUUCUACUGCACAUCUGUAAAGCAUCUAAAGUUAUGCUCAGUAGGCGUCUACAAGCAAAGGUGUUGUCAGUCAUGUGGGGAAGGUUAGCCUUUUAUGGGAAGCAAGAAAGGAUGCCCCAUCAAGAGGAGAGUUUUCAUUCGGCUUGGUCUGUCCAGUAGGACAGGGAAGACGAUCGACAAGGAAGACACAAGCUUGAUGAAUUGAUAGCACGAAUUCAUAAAUUGGAGAAAACGGUUUCUCUUCCUGAUUCCUCUGGUGCUCCCUUAUGCCUUUUCCAACAACGUAAACUUCAAUGGUGGUUGUUUUUUUUUUUUUAAGAAAUCAUUAUGGUCCACUGAGUAUACUACUUGAAAGCAUCUGUCCUAAUCUGGUGUCCUUCAGAUGUGAUGAAAUUGCAACACUGAUUUUGCAGCCCACAUGAACAAGAAAGCCGUUUUGCAGAACAGCUUCUUCAGUGAGACAAUGGGAAUUCGUUGGAUUUAAGUAGUGCUACUGAUGCUACAAAUACAAUUGAAGACUUACGCAUUUAAAAUAUACUGGAAUCAGCCAUUGGACUGCUUUGCUUGUCACCUUCUUGAUUUAAUCCACUUUAAGACCAUUUUCGGAAAGUACAGAAAGAAUAGUGGUUUUUUUUCCCCCUACCACUCUUUCUACUUCAUUUUUUGGCCAAACCACAUUAUCUGAGACUUCAUUUCAAUAGCUUCAGAUGAAUCACAAGUUCAUUCCUUUAAGUAUUUUCAGUAAAAAGCAAUAUACAUGAUGUUAUAAUUUGCAGGCUUCUUAUGGAAUUGUUUUUGAUCAAUGCAGUGUAAUUUUAGGAAGACAGAUCAUAUCUUGCAAUCUCUCUGGAACCUGAUCAAGGCAGGGAGCACUAUUAGCCUGGUAUGAAAUUGGAUUUGAGGUUUCUACACUGGAGCUCAGAAUUUAAAUGUUUCCAUUUGAACUUGAAGAUUGAGAAUUUGGGGUUUCCCGCCCCUCCCCCCCGCUUUGUCUGAAGAGAAGUCAGAGCAGGUCCACAGCCAAAAAGGUAUAUGCUGCUUCUGAAAAAAAUCCUGUAUUAUUUUACAGUCAUUUGAAAGAGGGUGAAAAAUCCAGCUCUAUUAUACUUUGAGACAGAGGUAUGUUCAGGGUCAGUUCAACUGAUUUUCAUCCAUUUUGAUCGCUGUGCAUUUGGAAAUAUGCCAUGCGAGUUCAUUCCAAAAAUUACUUCAAAUAGCAUUUUUCUUCUAUAUAGAUUUGUGCAAAAAAUAAUAAACAUCUCAGUUUCAACUAUCAGAUAAUAUACAUUAUUAGAAAUAUAAAUGAAUGUGGCUGCAUACAGUUCUGCCCAAUUGUUGAAAAAGGUAGAGAAAGGAACAACUGAAAUGCUUUGAAAUGUUUUCUACGAGACUGCUGAAGUUCCUUAGAAUAACAGAAAAAAAGAACAGAAUUGUGGUUGAUGAAAAUUGAACAAAGUGGAUUGAACAAAGGUUCGGCUGUCAUAAGCAAAACCAAUGAAGUUGAUUGACAAAGGGCUUAGCACAGACCCAAAGAUAUGCUCUGCAUGCUUGUUGCAUAAUUGUGUCCCUCAAAAUGAAGUGAAAGCCAUUAACUUGAGUAACUCAGAAUGUCUUUGAUAGAUAGGGAAGCUGUCUUCUUGAUUGGGAAGCAAUAUAAAAAAAAUGGAUGGAACCAUAAUUAGAUAGAAAGCUUCCUUCUAAGCAAAUCAAGUUGUUGGUCUGGCUCAUUGAUGGCAGCAUUUCAGUUUUGUUUUUUAAACUGGAAUUUUCCUACCCUUACCUGGAGAUGCUGGGGUCGAACCUGGAAUCUUCUACUUACAACACAUGAGAUCCAUUGGUAACCUAUGGCUCUUAAGAUUAUUGGAGUCCAUCGUCUAUCAAUGGCUAUUAGCUCUCAAAGCAGCAUGGAAUUUCAUUUUCAGAUGAUGUGCUUCCAAAGGUCAGAUAUCACAGGCAAGAAAAACAGGUGUGCUUUAUCUUCAUGCCCUGCUUGUAGGUAUUCCAGGGUUAUUUGACUACUGUUUAGAAACUAUGCGAGACUACCUGAAACUUUGGCCUUAUCCAUUGAGUCAAGGCUAUUCUACACCUGUUCUUAUCUUUUGGUUUUUCACUUGUUAACUCCUGUGUUCUUGCAUAAACUUCAAAAGUCAUGUUUUCUUAGACUGGCCCUUCUGACAAAGGGCAGAAAAGUUAACACCUGAGUUUUUGGUUUCUGUCCCAAAUGUAUUUCAAAAGAGGUUAUCCUUGCUAACGGCUGAAUGACUGCUACUGUAAAAAAAAAAAAAAAAAGGUGUUUGAAUGAGGAAACUGUAUUUUUGGCUGAUGACCAAAAAUGAUCAAAUUGAAGUCAAGCAACUUGGUCGAUUGCAGUAAAAUCAAGAAGGCAUGUUUUUCUUUUCAUAGCCAAAUGAAUUACAUGUUUGAAUGUUCCCCAUGGAGGCAGAAAGAACUCCAUGGAACCUCAAAAAGAUGACGUCUGGGAAAACUCAGGCUGAGUCAUACUUCUCAGUAUUCUAGGAUAAAGAAUACCUUACUGAGAAAUAAAGGCCUAUUUGCAAAAUUAAAUGUGGAAGUAGGAAAAAAAACUUUAGCAUUUUGAUUUUGCAUGAAUAGAAGUGCUUCUUUCCAGAUUCAGAAUCUUUAGUUCUUUCUCAUUGAAUUCAGUGGACUUUAAACUUUUGCUGUAUCGGGGCCCUAAAUUUUAAAGCAAUCCUUGGCUUUUUGAUUACACCCCUUCUUAAAUUAAGAUAACCUGUAAAUAUACUUUUGUAUAUAUUUAUUAUCUGGUUUAAAAGUGCAAUAUUUUUGUAUAGUG